UUCUUGUUUUUCUCUCCCAACCCAUUCUUCUCACGUCCUUUCUCUCUCAAUUUCUAUAUCGCAUGGGCAUCAGCAUCUUCAUUGAUUUCUACUAAUCAUCCAGAUUUUUUUUUUUUCGGCAUCCACCUUUCGUCUUUUUUAUUUAUUUUCUAAAUUAUGAUUUUUAUUUACCCCUCCCUGGUUUUUUAUUUUUUACUGUCCUUCCGUUCUCUAACAAUUAAAUACUAAGUUUUUAUUAUUUUAAAAAGACUGGGAUUUUUUUAUUUUAUGGUAGAUUUGUUGCUGACAUGGCAUGCACCGAGAAAAGAGAUAUGAAUACCAAAACCAUGCGUCUCCCUCCACGGCGCGUUUUGUUGCCAACCAAGCGCAAGGAGAGAGAAGACUACAAAUCACCAACUACAAAAUCGCUCAAGCCGACUCCCGCCCAACCCGAAUCUUACAAAGUUCCCGAGCCGGAUUCGUCUUCUAAUCAGCUUUUAGCCGGCUACUUGGCUUACGAGUACCUUACCAAGGGCACACUCUUUGGUAAGCCCUUUGACGCAGCUAGAGAUCAAGCGGGUCAGGGUCCGGCUUCAGGUCAAGCGUCAGCUGUGGAGCCGAAGAAGGUUAAGCCGGAAAAGAAAGACGAAGCCGAGCCGCAGCUGGAGGAGGAAAAUUAUAAAAGGUACGUGGAAGUAGCCAGUUUGCUGAAGACAGGUGGGGCCCACGUACCAGGCAUUGUCAACCCUACUCAGCUAGCGCGCUUCUUACAUAUGUGAAGUAUUCCCCUGUUUUGUUUUGUUUUUUUUUCUGAAUUUUGCGUGGAGAAAUCUUAUUGGUCCUCAUUUUCUCCACUGAAGUUGGGGAUUUUAUUUAAUUUUCCCAUGGAGACGAACAACGACGACAUUAGAGAGGGGUUUGAGAGAGUUAGGUGACAGAAGAGAUUUGAGUGUUAAUUUCGGAGAAAUUAGAUGAGACGAGGACGCGCAUGAUGAUGACGGAGGCCUCAAUCCAUGCAUGUAAAGCAAAUCUCAUCUUAUGUAUCAACGUUAACAUCAAUCUAAAUGCUUUCUUUUUAUUUCUUUCA